AGGAGCAGUGCAUUGUGGGCUCGCCUGGAGCAGGGGAGCCGGGAUAUAAUGAAAGUGAUGCGCAGCCCCUAACGUUACCCGGGCUGGGAGCGGCUGGAACCCGGACCUCGGCUGGGGUUCGGCGGCCGCGCACCUCCGUGCGGAGCGGCCCGCGAGGCGGCGGCGGCGGCGGCGGAGGCGGGAGGCGCGGCGAGCGUUGGCGGAGCGGGGCGGCUCUGCGCGGCUGCGAGUCAUGGCUCACAACAAGAUCCCGCCGCGGUGGCUCCACUGUCCCCGGCGCGGCCAGCCGGUGGCAGGAAGAUUCUUACCUCUGAAGACAAUGUUAGGACCAAGGUAUGAUAGUCAAGUUGCUGAAGAAAAUCGGUUCUAUCCCAGUAUGCUCUCAAAUUAUCUAAAGAGUUUGAAGGUUAAAAUGGGCUUGCUGGUGGAUUUGACAAAUACUUCGAGGUUCUAUGACAGAAAUGACAUAGAAAAAGAAGGAAUCAAAUAUAUAAAACUUCAGUGUAAAGGACAUGGUGAGUGCCCUACAACUGAGAAUACCGAGACAUUCAUUCGUCUGUGUGAGCGGUUUAAUGAAAGAAACCCACCUGAACUUAUAGGUGUUCAUUGUACCCAUGGCUUCAAUCGUACCGGUUUUCUCAUAUGUGCCUUUUUGGUGGAGAAAAUGGAUUGGAGUAUUGAAGCAGCAGUUGCCACUUUUGCUCAAGCGAGACCACCAGGAAUUUAUAAGGGUGAUUAUUUGAAAGAACUUUUUCGUCGCUAUGGGGAUAUAGAGGAAGCACCAGCCCCACCUGUAUUGCCAGAUUGGUGUUUUGAGGAUGAAGAAGAGGAAGAUGAGGAAGAUGAUGUAAAGAAGGAACCAGAACCUGGGUCAAGUGCCUCCUUUGGCAAGAGGAGAAAAGAACGGUUAAAACUGGGUGCUAUUUUCUUGGAAGGUAUAACGGUUAAAGGUGUAACUCAAGUAACAACUCAACCGAAGUUAGGAGAAGUACAGCAGAAGUGUCGUCAAUUCUGUGGCUGGGAAGGGUCUGGGUUUCCUGGGGCACAGCCUGUUUCCAUGGACAAGCAAAAUAUUAGACUUUUGGAGCAGAAUCCGUAUAAAGUGAGCUGGAAAGCAGAUGGUACUCGGUAUAUGAUGUUGAUUGAUGGCACAAAUGAAGUUUUUAUGAUUGAUAGAGAUAAUUCAGUGUUUCAUGUUUCAAAUCUGGAAUUCCCAUUUCGUAAAGAUCUCCGUAUACAUUUAUCAAAUACUCUGUUGGAUGGGGAAAUGAUUAUUGAUAAAGUAAAUGGACAAGCUGUACCUAGAUAUUUGAUUUACGACAUAAUUAAAUUCAAUGCACAACCAGUUGGAGAUUGUGAUUUUAAUGUUCGUCUUCAGUGUAUAGAACGAGAAAUAAUAAAUCCUCGACAUGAAAAAAUGAAGACUGGGCUCAUUGACAAAGCACAGGAACCAUUUAGUGUCAGAAAUAAGCCAUUUUUUGACAUUUAUACAUCAAGAAAGCUACUUGAAGGAAAUUUUGCAAAAGAAGUUAGCCAUGAAAUGGAUGGACUUAUUUUUCAGCCUACUGGAAAAUAUAAACCUGGUCGAUGUGAUGAUAUUUUAAAAUGGAAACCUCCCAGUCUGAAUUCUGUGGAUUUUCGCCUAAAGAUAACAAGAAUGGGAGGAGAAGGGUUGCUUCCUCAGAACGUUGGACUUCUUUAUGUUGGAGGUUAUGAAAGACCCUUUGCACAAAUCAAGGUGACAAAAGAUCUAAAACAGUAUGACAACAAAAUUAUAGAAUGCAAAUUUGAGAACAACAGCUGGGUCUUCAUGAGACAGAGAACAGACAAAAGUUUUCCUAAUGCCUACAACACUGCCAUGGCUGUAUGCAACAGCAUCUCAAACCCUGUCACCAAGGAGAUUCUGUUUGAGUUCAUUGACAGAUGUGCAGCUUCUCAGGGACAGAAACGAAAGCAUCAUCUGGAUCCUGACACGGAGCUCAUGCCUCCACCACCUCCCAAAAGACCUCGCCCUUUGCCCUAAGUCCGCCUCUGACUUCAGGAUUGAGAGGAGAGAUGAACGAGAAAAAUGCUGUCGCCUCAUUUGCAGCCCGAGAAAUUCAACAAACAAUGUGGCUUGAUGUUGAUACACAUUUGAAUUUUUUUAAAAGAAAAGUAUUGUAGCCAGGUUGUAAAUAUUUGACUCAUUUGUUUUCUUAGUGCUACAAUAAAUACAUCAUGGACAUAAACAUUUUAUUUAUAUUUGAUAAACCCAGCCUUACCUUGUGGAAUCUGAAGAUUGAAAUAUCCAAAGGUUUGAGCAAGAUUGAAAUCAAUGAAAAAGAGGCCUUGUUUAUAUAUGGAUAACUUCUACCUUUAACUUAUAAAAUUAGCAAUCUGGAACUGUGAGCGCCAAAACACUAUAUUUUUUAGAAGUUACAUUUCAGCUAUGGUAAAUUUUCCUUUUAAAAAAUUUAGGCAGUGGCAUUAAACAUUCUUCCUAUCCUUUAUCAUGGAUUUUCUCCAUAUCUGGCAUUCUUGUGUUCAAAAACAAUGACAAGGUUGUUAAGUAAUGCAUAUAUUAAACAUUGUGGUCUGGCUUUAUCAUUUUAAGAGUUAUUUGUGGACAUGUAAAAGGAAAAAGGGACCCUCUGUUUUGUGAACUGCCUCUUCUCUAAGGAAGAGCACUGAGUACCUGUCUGCACCUGCUUCUGUUGUGUGAGCUACAGUGCCAGAUCUCCUGUGUGCCAGUCUGGCCGUGGUUUGGGGUUUCUUCAUAGAACUUAGAUCUACACCACCAGACCCUUCACCCUAUUGCUCCCUGGGAGACAUUUUUUUAAAUGCCAGGGCGACUGCUUUACCUCAGUGGUAUCAGCACAUUGUAAACUACAUUAACACACAAAACUCACUGUGAUUAUAGGAGUGGUAUCAAACACAAGCAGUGCUGUGUGAGUUCCCUCGAACAGAACAGCAAUAGAAGUGCCAGCCGGCUCCAUGGUCAGGAAGGAGUGUGAGUGGAGCAGCAGCACGCUGCCGCACCGCUCCUUUCCCACUGCCACGCAAUGCAGGGGCACAGACCUGGCACCGGUAGGAACUAAACUUCAAGGAAGCCAGGACAUUUCUUUUCAAAGCCAGGAUUCUAUGUACAUUUUCUCCUGGCAAAGUUAUUUCUGUUGUAUGUCUGAAUUUUACAAAGUUUACUGGUAGAUAAUGGGUUUAAAGAGCAGCUAAUUGGCCAUCUGCCAUUGUUGAGAAACCACGUUCUGAUUGGUUUGUGAAGGAACUGAGAAUCAGCCCAUUAGAGGCUAUUGUAUUUAUUUUUAGAGAUACAGGUUUUAAGUAUGUGUAUUUUAAAUUUUUUUCAUGGCCUGAGUUUUAUACAUAUCUCUGUAUAUAUAUAUAUACACACACAUACAUACAUAUACAUAUACAUACAUGUGAGUGUAUGCAGCAGUGUAUAUUCUUCUACUAAUGCAGUCAGAAAUGAAAAUCCAAAUGACUUACCUAGUAGACUGAAUAUCUGAUAAGAUUUGUAUAUGUGAUAGCACAAAAUGUAUUUACAUUCACCUAAGUUUAAAUGUUUUUAAACAAAGUUUUCUCCUCCAGUGCUUUUCUAUAUGAAAUAAUAGCGUCAUGCUCAGGUGUUUUCUUUUGUUGUCCCCAAGUUAUGUAAUGUAUAGUGAAUUUAUCCAAAAUGCCAUUUUAGGUAUGCUCUUGUGUGUGUGGGCGCUGAAGGAAUUAAAACAUCCAACAGUCACAUGACUAGAGAGGUGGAGAUUUGUCCAGGUGCCAUAGUGUCUUGUACAAAACGGACCUAAAAAACACCAAUGCGACUCCAAAUAGUCUGAUGCCUCCUUCACCCGGAUUAGUGACUUUUCACAUCAUAUGUUGCUUUCUCCUGAGCCUGGGUAAAUGCAGAGCCCUUUUCCUGAUGUAAGAGCAAGCUUUUGCCAGCGAUCUUUAAUGGAGUUAAAUGUUUAUGGUAAUUGUAACCUUUUAAAUGAGUUAUGUGAAAAGAGCAUCUCAUUUUUAAUACAGCCAGAUAUUUUCUCCUUGCCAUUGUACAUUUUCUAGCAGUUAACUUUCUUAAUCUUUCUUUUCAACUAUAGUGAAGUGUAAUAGUUGGCCUUAUAAGUAAACCCAUGUGGCCCCUGAACACACUACCACCCGCAGUGUCAUGAAGAGUCAUCUGGAAAGUCAGAGGGGAGGGCGGGAGGAGGAGUGGUGGGACCUGGAGCCAGGAUUGGGGACAUCAGGAGGGAGACACUUCCCUUCUCAGCUCACUUCACAUACCCAUUUUUUGACACGGAAGUUUUGUAGGUAAGAAAAUUUUGCUUUUCUGACUUAUCACAUAUAAAAGCUUUUGCAUUGUGUUUGGAAAGAUGUGGCUGACUCGACUACCUGGAUGAUUACAUUUGCUUUCUGUGAAAUGCUCAGAAAAUGUCAGGACAUUCCUUCUCUGAUGUGUCAGUGUGAAUUGUAAUAAAACUUCUGACUUAAAACAA